CGGCUGGGGUGGUGGCUGCUGCCUUGAGCGAUCGCGGAGGGAGGGGAGGCGGGCUGCGCGGUGUGGCCGGAGGAGGUGAACCGCCAUGGGCUGCUUCUUUUCCAAGCGGAGGAAGCAGGCCAAAGAGCCGAAGCCCGGCGGCGAGAGCGGGGACGGAGACGUCGCGGUGCCGUCGGAGGCCGAGAAGCAGCCGCAGUACAGCUGGGACCAGCGAGCCAAGAUUGAUCCUAAAGACUACAUGUUUUCUGGACUCAAGGAUGAAACAGUGGGACGUUUACCUGGGAAAGUUGCAGGGCAACAGUUUGUUAUUCAGGACUGUGAAAACUGCAAUAUCUACAUCUUUGACCACUCGGCUACAAUCACUAUUGAUGACUGUACAAACUGCCGAAUAUUUUUAGGACCUGUGAAAGGCAGCGUGUUUUUCCGUGAUUGCAAAGAUUGUAAAUGUGUAGUGGCUUGCCAGCAGUUUCGUACCCGGGACUGCAGAAAGAUGGACGUCUUUCUUUGCUGUGCCACCCAACCCAUCAUUGAAUCAUCUACAGGUAUGAAGUUUGGGUGUUUCCAGUACUACUAUCCAGAGCUGGCUUUGCAGCUGAAAGAUGCAGGGCUGAGCAUCUUUAACAAUACAUGGAGCAAUAUCCAUGAUUUCACACCAGUAUCGGGAGAGAACAACUGGAGUCUUCUAGCUGUGGACGCUUUAGUUCAGGACCAUGUACCACUGCCAACUGCUGAGGAACUGAAAGCUGUCAGGAUUUCAAUGGAUGCCAACAGGAGCAUAAUUCCAGUUACGCAGGGUAGACGUCCAAAGCACAGUGAAGAAUCUUGCCUGGCAGUAUUCUUUGCUGGGGAUUAUACAACUGCCAAUGCCAGAAUGUUAAUUGAUGAGAUGACUGGCAAAGGCUUCUGGUUAGUUCAGACUAAAGAGGUUUCCAUGAAAGCUGAUGAUGCUCGACGAGUGUUCCAGGAAAGAGCGCCUGAAUUUAUCCCUUUACUUGAAAAAGGUCCCGUUGUUGCUCUAGAGUUCUGUGGUGACGGUUCUGUAGCAGCGUGCCAAGACAUUGUUGUCAAUGUCUUCAGUGGAGCUAAGGUUUUUGUAUCGGAGGACAAGGCAUCGGCUUCCAGAGAAGUAGACAGCUUCUAUAAUUUUGCUGAUAUGCAGAUGGGAAUGUGAAGUAGACAUAAGCAUCUUAUUGACGGUUGAGAUGUACUUUAGGUUUGUAUAGCACUCAGUUGAUAGUCGGACACUUUGAAGAAAAACAAGAAGUUGCCUUUACAAA